GAUCGAUAUCUGCUGGUUGAGAGACGAGGCGACUUCAGAGACUUCUGGAGAACAUUUUCUGUGCUGAGAUUUUGAUUUUCGACGGAGUUCAGAGAAGAGACUUUUAUUUUAGGAGAUUGGAGGAUUUUUCUUUGAGUAGAGUUUUAUUUUUGAAGGAUUUCUGAUUAUUUCUGAGGAAAGACUUAUUCUAUUUUUCUCUUCUUAUUUCAGAUUUUUCUUUCUUUCUUUCUUUCUUUCUUUCUUUCUGUAAUUAAUUGAUUAAUUAAUUACCUUUUUGUUGAUUAAUUUCUUGUUUUGAUUGGAGCUUGGAGGAGUUUGUCAAUGGCUCAUUUGGGUGAAAGACGAGGCUCGGGCCGCUCCAGAUCCAGGAGUGCUGCUGUCUCUCAGACGGAUGAUCAGGAGCUUGAGAGACGUGGCUCUGGUGACGGCGCUCAGGAACCGCUGCCAAACCCAAACCAGCCGCUGAGCCAAGAGCUGCCUGGAUACAUCGCACCUCUGCCUUCAGAGUUGGCCGUUUCUGUGUCCACAGAUCAGCCUCACAGGAAGAGGAAGUGGCAGAGCGGCAGCCAGGAGGAUGAGCAUCCGUCUCCUUCAUACAGAAGAGCUGCCAAACGCUCCCGCAGAGAAGCGUAUGUGAAGGGCCCAUUGCUGGGGCGAGGAGGAUUCGGCUCUGUGUAUGCUGGGACCCGCAGGUCUGAUGGACUGCCAGUUGCCAUCAAGUACGUCUCUAAACGAGGAACACAGAGACUGAGAGUUGAAGGUCAGGGUCGGCUGCCGCUGGAGGUGGCGUUGAUGACCCUGGUCAAUUCGGCUCCUGCCUGCCCCAACGUCCUGCAGCUGCUGGAGUGGUUUGACCGUCCCAGAUGCUACACCAUGAUCCUGGAGCGCCCGCUUCCUUGCCAAGAUCUGGAGAGUUUCUGUGAGGAGAACGGACGCCUGGAGGAGAGUCUGGCCAAGAAAGUGCUGCUGCAGCUGAUCACGGCGCUGAAACACUGCGAGAGCCGUGGAGUCCUGCACCGGGACGUCAAACCAGAGAACCUGCUGAUCUCCACAGACUCACAUGACAUCAAGCUGCUGGACUUCGGCUGUGGAGAUCUGCUGAAAGACUCGGCCUACAAACACUUUGCAGGCACUCUUCAGUACGCCCCUCCUGAGUGGUUUCGGCAUCACCGUUAUCAUGCGGGACCGGCUACGGUUUGGUCAGUGGGGGUGACGCUCUACAACAUCCUGUGCAGCUGUUUCCCCUUCAGAGGCGCAUUGAGGGUCACCUCCAAAAGCAGACUGCUCUUUCCUAGAGAGCUGUCGACAGAGUGCCGUCAGCUGAUUCGCUGGUGCCUCAGUGCAGCGGCAUCAGAUCGGCCCAGUUUAGACGACAUUGAGCGCCACCCCUGGUUACACUGAGCAGGGUGAGCAGGAGUGACACAGGAAGUGCAGAGAACAGCUUCCUGAUCACCUACAGAAAGAGCAGAGGAUCAUGGACUAAUGGCCGCCACACAAUGAAGGGUUUUGAUCCUCUGCUCCAGUCUGUGAGGGGCUCUGUGUGGAUGCUGGAGGAGUCUGAACACACAGCAGCUGAAACCUCAGCCCGACGGGCCACAGAUCAAUAUGUGUAGUUUCUCCACAAAUACAGUCGAGAGAAGGGAGAAAAGUGUCAAGAAGCAGAACAGGAUCAGAAAGAGUCUGGGGCAGAGUGUUAACUAGCAUAAUGUAUUCAUGGAAAAAAGUCCACUUGGUGUUAGACAGAAUUUAAGUCACCAAAAAAUUAAGUAGUAAUUCAAGUAGUCCCCACAAUGUUUACGAAACAGAAAUGUUGAAAUUUUACACAUUCAAAAGCAAUGAAUAUAAUUAAAUCUAAUUGUGACAAAAUGUUAAAGAAUGACUUUGCUUUGGCUCAUUUUAACAAAGUAACAUAAACAAGCAGGAAGCUUACUCCAUUAGGCCCUAGUCUCUGCUUUUUAUUAUUUUCAUUUUUAGUUUAGUAACUUUAACUUCUGCUUUAAAAGGCUUAUUUUUGUUUUAAGAUUACAAUGUGAUUUGUGAUUUUAACCCUUUUUUUGCACAUAAUACAUGCUUACAUUCACUUUAUUUGUUUAUAAAAAAAAAUCAGAAAGAGUUUUUCAUAAAGUGUACUCGACUUUUUAUUUUCUUUUUUAAAAUGUCAUAAAAAAAUAGCAAAACCUAACUAAACAGUUACAUAAAACAGUAAACUGUUUACCCCCCGCCCCCCUCGACCGCCCGCCACACUGAUGGUACUUAAAACAAAUUUCCAAGGUUGGCAGGUCGGCAUUUGUACUCUUUUAGGUACAUUCGUGUAACUUGAUUUUUCUGUGUGUAUUUUUGUUUUAAUUUCAUAUUUUAAAUAGUUUUAUAUAUAUAUAUUUUUUUUUCUGUUAUUAUUCAGCUACCAUCAGAGCUGCUCAGACAUUCUUCUAGAUGUUGUCUAUAAAGAAGGAGAAGGAGGCUUUCUCACUCUGUCACUAGUGUGCAGAAAGUUUUAUGACAUCAGUUUUCAAAGAAGAGCUCACUUUACCUGGCUGGACAUUAUGAAUAUUUACACUUUUAUUAACUGAACACGUUUUUUAAAGAUAUUUAGAAAGUUUAUUACAUUACAGAGAUUUUAUUUAUUUAUUUUCUUAGGAAUCGUUGACUGGAAGUCUGUCGGUCCAGAUGUGAGGUGUGAUGGCUGCAGAUGCAUCUACAAAAACACCACUGGAUACUGUGGCCAUGAAACGAAGGGGGUCUUCACAGCGUUCUGUUCAGACGAAGAGCUUGCUGGCUUCUGUUCUAUAGACUGCUACUUCCGCAUAAAUGGAUGAAUGAAUGAAUGAGUGGUUUAUUUAUUUAUUUAUUUUAUUUGACUUGAAUUGGCAACUGAAACUAAAAUCUAAAUAAAUGUUUUAGUG